UUUAAUUUACCACUUAAAAAGUCUAGUGACUUCUGAAAAGUGCAAGAAAAGUACAUUUGUUCUUCUUUCAAUCAUAUAACGAUUCUGAUUAAAAUUACAUGUUCAAAUCUUCCCUUCCCCCUCAUAAAAGUCCUGUGGGGGUUGGGGGAGGGGAGGGGUGGUAUUUUUUUCAUAUAAGGGCAUGACAUUUCAAACCAGGGAAAAUGGCGGAAAGAAGUUCACAAUACGGGACGAAAAGACUGGGAUCGCCAAAUAUCUCCCCUUAUGGAAGGAAUCGCUCGUCCAGACAGAGUCCAUCCCUACUGCUCAACAAAAGUGGUACUUCCAAAUCACCUAACAGAAUGAAGCAGUCCAAAGAGGAGGAGUUACAGAGAUACUGGCAGCAAAUAUGUAAUCAGGAGAGUGCAAGCAAGGAGAGAAACUACUCCCUUCUUCAAGAUUUUGAGAGAGUAGAGCAACACGCCUCCAUGCUGACUGAUAAACUGCAACGAUUAAAAUCUAUAAAGGACAACUACGAAGCUUAUGUAAAUCAGAUGUACCCAAGCUGGCGGGAGCAGCUAGAACAUCACAGACAGAUGAUGCAGUGGGAACGGGAAAAAGUACAGAAUGGACAGGGAGAAAGUGUGGAUGAGUUUAUUGGCCGCCCACAUAACCAAGCACCACUUCAUAGCCAACCUUGGCGACCCACAAAUGGACAUGUGCGCUUCCAAUCACCAGAUCCCGCACAGAAUCCAUACCUGGACAGGAUGUCGAGACCAACUUAUCCUAAUAUGGGGUACCCAACGAACAGCCCCUCCCAGUUAAGUGGUUACUCCACCCGCGCCUUUACCGCAGAGUGGGACCCUUACUAUACAGGAGAUCCAUCCUUUAAUCAUUACUUUCCAGAAAGGAUUCCACGUUCUCCAUAUUACCCCUCUGGGGGCAUGAUGUACUCAACUCCAUACCAUCCAAUGCAUAGUGGUCCUCACGAUCCAAGGAAUGGCUUCAACCAAUCCCUGGACAUGUCCUAUGGGUCUGCUCACCAGCAAACCCUAGUUCCUGGCAAAUAUGGUCCAGGCAAUGGUGGUGUUACUGAUAGUGGAAUGGGGAUGGUGAAUGGAGGGAACAUGGGGCAACACAGUAGGGGUAAUGCCUCUAUGGAUAGUAGAUUGCCUCAUGAUAGUGAGGUAACUCAAGGCCAAGGGAAUGCUUUGGACUAUAAGGACAGCAGCUAUGGUGAAGGUGGUAGUUUCUCUGGUACUGAAGGCGGCAGAGUAAAAGACAAUGAUGAUGUUAAUACCAGAUCCCAGGAAUUGACAAAUAGUGAUUUGCAGGCAGAAAGAAAAUACGUCAAACACCAACCCAUGUCAUUGGAUCCUAGUAACAUUCGGUCAAACAAUAACCACCAGAGUUUGUCAUCCUCUACCUCAAAUGUCCGGUUAUCCAACUCUGAUCAAAUACCUGGACAGUAUCUUCCUGUCUUGCAAGGGUAUGGUCAACAGCACAUUUCAACAAUUCCAGGUAGUGGUCUCAAUAUCCAAACUCAAUCUGCAACAGACAAACUCCGACAUGACCAGAUAGAUGGGCAAGAGAAUAUAAGAAAGGGAAGUCUUGGAAAGAGUAACGAAUAUCCGUCUAUGUUGACCAUGAAUGAUCUACAAUCUUCAUCAGAGAGUGGAGAGAGAAAGGGCAUCAAAAACAAGGCUUUACAUGAGAACUCUGAUUCUGAAAUAGAUGUAGGGUCGAUUUCCUCAGGUCUCAGUGAGGAUGGUGAUAGUGAUAUCACUAUUUCAGAUGAGGCUAUAAAUGGCCGUAGACAUUCAAAUGAAGAAACAGCUACAAAGGGUUCAACAGCAGGAUCAGGUGCUGUUUUAUUGAGGAGCCAACCUGCCUCGUCAGGGGUAGAUGAUAGGGAUGAGAUGACGAGGGAUGGUUUUACAGCUGUGGUUGAAGCUGAAGUUGAAGAUUUGCAUGAAGAAGAGGUACAACAUCAACAACAAUUUGGGCUGCAAGAGCAAAGCCUUCGGCAGGAGCAGCGGAAACAACAGCAACAAUUACAACAACAACAGCAGCAAAAGCAGCAGCAGCAGCUAGAGAAGAAACAACAGAAGCAGUCUUUAAUGGAAGAAAAACUGUCAUCAGAGAUAGAGAAGAUGACCCUAGCUACUGGAGAUGGUUCAAGCAAGGAAGGGUCCCUCAUGGAUCCAGUGAGUGUUGAUGAGUUCCUGGUGAUGCUAAGUGUCGUGGAUGAUGACAUUGAAGUGUCGUUUAGUCCAGAGAGCCUGUACCACUCACCCGCAUGCAGCACGUCCAUGAAAGAGGAUAUUAUUAUAUCCGUGGGCCGAGGAGACAGUCUUCAGACAUAUGACCCUUGCACCAUCAGUAUGAUAGUUCUAGAAGAGCUUCCACGCAUUGUGACCAGCUCAUCGUCUGGCUGGGUCAUCUCAGAUGAAGCCUUCUCCUCAGGACAGACUAUUUCCUCUGAUAGAAAGCUAAGGCCGUACGUGGAGCCAUCUUUAAGUAAACUGUGGAUCACUCUCCUCGCCCACAUGACCAAUAUCGUAAGGAAUGGAGUUAUGUCGACAGAUGAAGUUACAGCGAUCUUCGCCCCGCCCCUUCUGUCAAUCAAAUCCAAAUAUCAUCAAGAGUGGCAGGCCCUUCUCUCCCGCUUGAUCAUAUCUUCACUAAAAGAGGAGCCCGAGUCCCAGUCCUCCCCAGACGAGCCCGAGGACCUUCCACGUGACCUCGACCAACGUGACGCAAAUAGAUCAGUGACGUCAGAAAGUUCUUCUUUCAUCUCCGACGCCCCACUUCCGGACGAAAGCGUUCACUCUGCCGGGAAUGGGCAGCCCGACCCCCUGCAGCGCACGUUUUCGUACGAAGAGGACUUUGAAGAAGAGAAUGUCCCACUCAACGAGACCGCCGCCUAUAAAAAACUGAUGUCUAGCGCCCAGUCCGACCCGGUCGACGACGUCAGUGUUAUACUUGGGGAGUCUGGGCCCAAGAAGGGUGAGAGUGAGGAUGAUGAUGACGUUGAGCGUACGCUUGCGAGGAGCAUAUCGCCGCCUCCGCUAUCACCGAGACAGCGGUCACCUGUAAAUGGCGGGAACAAGACGCCGGAGAACCGGAAACAGAGUCGCCAGAGACCCAAGCUCUCUCUGUUCGGCGGAGGAGAGGGAAGCCUGGGGCUUUCUUACGGCAGUGAGGAACUAGGCGAUAGCUGGGGAGGGGAGGACAACGGACGACUAUCGGCCUCUUGGAAGUCAGACGCAACCGAACCGACCCCUCGGACGGACCGAACAGACUCAGACAGCUCCGUGUCACCGCCGCUAACGCCUGAUGACACUCCGGCUUAUAUUCCGUCCGCGGUGACCGAGGCAAAGAAACCAGUAACUUCCCAGCCCAAAGAGAAACCCGCAGCAAAAGUACCCAAGAAGCCAGAUUUCUGGAACCAUUCGGACACUGAGUCGGAACCAGACCUCCAGCUGAGCACGGGCGGACAAGAAGCCGCCGAUGACGAUGAUGAUUUUGACUUCUAUGGCUAAAGCCAGGCCAGGUUACCGGGCAAUACUAGACCGGACAAAUGUUUAUGGCCGUUAUGGGCGCGAAAUCGUGUGUGGAUCUCUGUGAUGAUGACUGUUCCUGGAAAAAGUGGACAUAGCUUGCGUGACUUUUGUUCCUGAAAAAGUGUAACUGAAAAGAAGAUAUAGCUUGCUUGACUAAUGUUCCUAAAGAGGUGAACAUAGCUUGCGUUACUACUGUUCCAACAGAGGUGAACAUAGCUUGCGUUACUACUGUUCCAACAGAGGUGGACAUAGCUUGCGUUACUACUGUUCCAACAGAGGUGGACAUAGCUUGCGUUACUACUGUUCCAACAGAGGUGAACAUAGCUUGCGUUACUACUGUUCCAACAGAGGUGAACAUAGCUUGCGUUACUACUGUUCCAACAGAGGUGGACAUAGCUUGCGUUACUACUGUUCCAACAGAGGUGGACAUAGCUUGCGUUACUACUGUUCCAACAGAGGUGGACAUAGCUUGCUUUACUACUGUUCCAACAGAGGUGGACAUAGCUUGCGUUACUACUGUUCCAACAGAGGUGGACAUAGCUUGCGUUACUACUGUUCCAACAGAGGUGGACAUAGCUUGCGUUACUACUGUUCCAACAGAGGUGGACAUAGCUUGCGUUACUACUGUUCCUGAAGACGCAGACAUAGCUUGCAUGACUUCUGUAACUUAAAAAGUAGACAUAGCUUGCGUGACUAUUGUUCCUGGAAACGUGGACAUAGCUUGCGUGACUUCUGUUUCUGGAAAAGUGGGCAUAGCUUGCGUGACUACUAUUCUUGAAGAGGUGGACAUAGCUUGCGUGACCACUGUUCCUAAAAAGGUAAAAAGUUACUCACCUGCCAGUUGCGUGACUUCUUUUUCUUGAAGAGUGCACAUAGCUUGCGUGACUACAGUUCUUGAAGAGUGCACAUAGCUUGCGUGACUACAGUUCUUGAAGAGGUGGACAUAGCUUGCGUGACUACUGCUUCUGUGGACUUAGCUUGCGGCUAUAUGAAUUUUUAGUCAGACUUGAACAACCAUUCCUUGACAAGUCUGAUCUUGUCAUAAAAUAAUUCCACGAGAGACUAUGACCACUGCUAUGUCCAACAUUCCUACCGAGGAAGAGUUUUGGCACAUUUUUUUACAGAAAAUAGCUAGGGUGUACGACCCUGUUGGCAAAGCUUUUCCUUCAAUUUGUUUUUUUUAGAAUUUAUGUAUUUGCCGACUCGCAUAUCUGGGUUUUCGCUUUGUUCUUUUGUAUUUGUAACGAACAGGCCCGUUCCCAGGAUUGGCCGAGGGGGUGCGCAGUCAUACGUAUCAAAUGGAAAAAUCAUAAAUGACUCACUUUUUGGCCACCAAGGGGGGGGGUGCGCAGGGUGUACGCGCCUUACGAACCAAAACAACGAGUCGCUAAAACCGCGAAUACGAGUACAACACUAGGGAAAGGCCUCUGUUAGCAGGGACGAGUACACUCUGUUUUUUUUAUAUAAAACGUCUAAUUUUCAGUUGAGGCUAGGCCAUAUUUUAAGGCUUAAGAUGUUCUUGAGUGCGCUUAUAAAAUAUAGUACCCAGUGAAUUAUUAGGAGGAGAAUUACACAAAUGAUCAAUAGCAAUAUAAUUGUUUUUUAAUGAACACAAAUUAACACUGCAUUUUACAACACAUAAGACUGAAAAACCAAUAUGUUGCUGAUAUCUGAGACUCGGCAUGUUCUUAGCAUGUUCUUAAAAUUUGGUUAAAUCUCAGCCUGGAAGUUCUUAUAAAAAGGUUCUUAUGAAAAAAAGAGUGUACACAUGCCAUCAUACCUUCCAUUUUAUCCGAUCAAGUAUGUUUGUAUGCUUCUCUACCAUUUUAAGUCUGGAUUUUUCUCACACAAGAAUUAACACCGACAUUGUUGUUUGCCACCGUUGUGAUUACAUUUUGAAAGAAGUGUUUAUUGUAAGUAAUUUUGGACGAAAUGGAUGAAGAAUAAACGAGGUUUUGAAACGA